AGGUGUCUCUCCGGCUGUCUGGCUGUAAACACUUUUUCAAAAUGCUACUUCUCCUACAGUUUUGGUUUGAUUUUAAUAAAUGAUAGCUAUAGUGCAUACUUACUUAUUAUUCAAAAUCAGGGUCCUUUUCAGGAUAUAGCAUACAUGAUUAUUAAACUUGUUGCACUAAAGUUAUCAGAUGUUUGUGAAUUCAGAAAACUGCAAAACAGGAUACAUGUUCAUACUUAAACUAAUUACAGGUUCAAUGUUUCAUCAAACAAAUCAUGUUGCUCCGGGAUCGAGCUUAUAAAAUAGCAGCUGUACACGAAUUCACUAGCAUUUUCUUUUGGCCCUGUUGAAAGAGUUCUUCAAAAUAAUAUUCUCAUUACGAUGCAGAGUGACGAUGUGAAAAGAGAUUCCGACGUAGAGUACAGCGGUCACAGGCGUUGGUUUCAUUCAAGCUACACGGGAUCGGCGCUUCAAGGAGGGUACGAGGCAGACGGCAAACCACUAUAUGUCGUCGCCGCCUACAUUAUGGCCACGUUUACACCUGGAAAAUACGGCCAUCAUCUUAGUGGAGCCUGUAUUCCGUAUGGUGGUGAAGAAAGGGUUUGUGAAGACUUCUACGUUCUGACCACUCACAAUAGUCCAUGGAUAUAUAGCUGGGAGCACGCCUCCAACGGAAACGUCCCCCACAACGCUGUAAGGGCGGAUGAGGGGAAGGACAGUUAUGGUGAAGGGCUGUACAUUGGUCGUGUCCAUCAUGAGGGGAGUCUUAUUCCGUGUAAAGUUCAUAGAUCGCACAAAUGUGCUUUCUUUGGUUAUCAUUGGAAAGAAUACAAAGCCAAGGAGUAUGAGGUGCUCGUCUGCACAUUGAAGUCUGGUCAGGCAGGGGAAGGGGAGGAGGGGGAGGGGCAGAAAGAGGUCAAGGAAUAG